AUGCCUGAAGACAGAGCAGUUGAGGAGCAAGCCAUGAAUACCUUCCCUCCAAAAGAGUCCAAGGAAACCCUCUUUGCACUCGUUUCCCCAGAAGGGGAAGCACCCCGGCCCUCAAGCCCUCCAAAGAAAACAACUUUGAAAAUAUGUGGCUCUAAUUACCCCCUGAGUAUUGCCUUCAUCGUGGUGAAUGAGUUCUGUGAACGAUUCUCCUACUAUGGCAUGAAAGCUGUCCUGACACUUUACUUUUUGUACUUCUUGCACUGGAGUGAAGACACUUCUACAUCCGUCUACCAUGCCUUCAGCAGCCUCUGCUAUUUCACCCCUCUUUUGGGAGCUGCCAUGGCUGACUCUUGGUUGGGAAAGUUCAGGACAAUCAUCUACCUCUCUAUGGUGUAUGUGCUGGGCCACUUGAUCAAGUCUCUGGGUGCAUUGCCAGUAGUGGGAGGACAUUUAGCGCACACGGUUCUAUCCAUGAUUGGCCUCUUCCUGAUCGCACUGGGAACAGGAGGUAUCAAACCCUGUGUGGCAGCCUUUGGUGGAGACCAAUUUGAAGCUGAACAUGUAAAUGAAAGGAGCAAGUUCUUCUCAGUUUUCUAUCUGUCCAUCAAUGCAGGGAGUUUGAUCUCCAUGUUUGUCACACCCAUGCUGAGAGGUGAUGUAAAGUGCUUUGGAGGAGACUGUUAUGCAUUAGCCUUUGGGGUCCCAGGAAUGCUAAUGGUACUAGCUCUUGUUGUGUUUGUUCUUGGAAGUAAGAUGUACAAAAAACCUCCCCCUGAAGGAAAUAUAGUGGCUCAAGUCUCCAAAUGUAUCUGGUUUGCUAUUUCAAAUCGGCUAAAGAACCGCUCCAGGGAAAUUCCAAAGAGAAACCACUGGCUGGACUGGGCAGAGGAAAAGUAUCCGAAGCAGCUCAUCUUGGACGUGAAGGCACUGACUCGUGUAUUGUUCCUUUAUAUUCCACUGCCAAUGUUCUGGGCUCUUUUGGAUCAGCAGGGCUCUCGGUGGACUCUGCAAGCAACUAGAAUGAAUGGUAACAUGGGAUUUUUUGUGUUUCAGCCUGACCAGAUACAGGUGCUGAAUCCCCUUCUGGUGCUUAUCUUCAUCCCCAUGUUUGACCUAGGAAUCUACCCCCUAAUCAAGAAGUGUGGAAUCAACUUAACAUCUAUUAAGAAAAUGGCAGCUGGCAUGAUCCUGGCAUCUCUAGCAUUUGCAGUUGCAGCAGCUGUUGAGAUCAAGAUAAAUGAACUAGCCCCACACAGUCCAGGAGGCAAAGAAGUUUACUUGAGGAUCCUGAAUCUAGCAGAUGAUGAAAUGAAAGUGGAAUUAAUGGAUUAUCAGAACAAAUCUCUGUUUCCAGAGCCCAUCAAGCCCUUUCAGCAAACAAAAGGCCAUUCCAAAAUGCUCCUGACUACAGAGAGUCAAAGUUUUCACAUCCAGCUAUUGUAUCACAACAUGUCUAUCAUCAAUGAACAUGUCAUGAAAGAGAAGAACAAAUACACUUUGGUCAUCCAUGGAAAACAAAGUGGAGUUUCCAGUAUCCUGAUGCAGGACGCGGUAACAUCAACAGCCAAUGGGAUGGCAGCUGUGAGGUUUAUUAACACCAUGGAUAAAGACAUUAACCUCACCCUAAACAGAGGUGUGUCCAUCAGUGUUGGUCAAAACUAUGGCAUCUCUUCCUACAAAAUCUUGGAAAGAGGACAAUACAAUGGUGUGUUAUGUAGGAUGGGAGACAAGGAGUUCUUCUUGGACCUUGGGCUACUUGAUUUUGGUGCAGCAUACGUGUUUGUCAUUACUGAUAGUUCUGAUCAGGGUCUCCGGGCAUGGAAAACUGAAGAUAUUUCACCCAAUAAAAUGUCCCUUGCAUGGCAAUUGCCACAGUAUAUAAUAGUGACUGCAAGUGAAGUUGUAUUUUCUAUCACAGGGCUUGAGUUCUCCUAUUCUCAGGCUCCCCCCAGCAUGAAGUCAGUGCUACAAGCAGCUUGGCUCCUGACAGUGGCCAUCGGGAAUAUCAUUGUACUUGUUGUGGCACAAACAAGUGCCUUGGUACAGUGGGCUGAAUUUAUCUUGUUUUCCGGUCUCCUGCUUGUUAUCUGUCUCAUCUUCUCCAUCAUGGGCUACUACUACAUCCCUGUGAAGCCAGAUGCUUAUAGUUCAGAGGACACAAUGACUUCUUCCCAUAUCGAGGGGGACACAAAAGACUUGGUGACCAAGAAAACAAAGCUUUGACUGUUCCUUUAGCUCUAUUCCAAGCCUUUUUUUUUUUACUUGUCCUAAUCAAUUUAAUUCUUCUCUAGUCUUGGCUACAUCCAUCACUAAGCAUCCUUCUUCCUGGUGGGCUAGGCCAAAGAAGCAGCAUCAAUCUCAUCAGAGAUCUUGACCUCCAGCUGAGUUUUAUCCUCUCUUCUGGGGACAGCAGCACUGGAAUAGGGACCCAUGCACACUUGAGCAAGGAAUUCGACUACUUCAUACCUCAGACCAAUCACCUAUUCAUGGAAAAUACAGUCUGUCAUACAUUGUUUUGGCGAAGCUGGGACAGAUAAAUGGUUAUUCCUUGUGUGUCUAAAAUAAUGUGAAGAACAUAAUUUGCUAUGUAUUAUUGUGUAACUGUGACAUUCUUCUGUGUGUGAAUACACACCAUUAAGGGAGAAGAGAAAUAUGUACCUGUAUUUGCUAUUUGGAACAUUGCCAAACAUACCUGGUCCUCUGGUCAUUUAACUUUGUUCUGUCUAAAAACUGGAUUUUUGUCGGUACAACAGGAUUUCUUGGACUUAAGUAAACUCAUUUAUCCUAAUUAA